CCGACGAGGACCCGGUUGCCAUCGCUAGUCUGGACUCCAGCGCUCUGACUCCGUGUGCAGAUCUUGACUUCGAUGACAUUUUCGGUGAAACUGGUGGGUUUGCUAAGCCAUCAGUUGAGUUUCAGACCGACAAUGCCAUUGAAAACACCAUUGUUCCCACUGGGAUUAUACCAGUUGAUCAGUGCGAUGAUCUCGAGUUCAAUGACAUUUUCGGCGAUAAUGCUGGUGCUGGCAAAGGUGCUUUUCCUGCACCGGGAGGCUCCGGUGCCUACGGAGACAUGAUUUCUACAACAACUGAACAUGGGUCAAAGGAGAAGGAUCUCAAUGCUAGUGGUAAUGAGGACCGCACUGCUUCGGGAAUUGAAGUGCGUUCAGGGACACCUGCAUCAGACUUUUAUGCUUCCUUCACUACCGAUAGCUUGAAGCAAUAAAUUUUUCAUGUAUCCAUA